AUGUUAGAAGAGAUUAUGCGUAGAGGUACAAGCUCACUUGGGACAGAUGUGCCUAGUGAGAGAGAAAUUAACCGCCUUGCUGCUCGAUCAGAUGAGGAAUUUUGGCUGUUCGAGAAAAUGGAUGAAGAGAGAAGACAAAAGGAAAAUUACAGAUCCCGUCUCAUGGAAGAGCACGAAUUGCCAGAUUGGGUGUAUUCUCCAAUUAACAAGGAUGAUAAGUCCAAGGAUUUCAACAGUGCUGUUACUGGAAAGCGGAAAAGAAAAGAAGUGGUAUAUGCAGAUACAUUAAGUGAUCUGCAAUGGAUGAAGGCUGUGGAGAAUGGGGAAGACAUAUCAAAGUUUUCAACUAAAGGAAAAAGAAGAGACCACUUCUCAUCUGACAGCAUUGCACAAGCCAGUGAUAACGCAGUAGCAGAAGAAAGUUUAGAGCUGAGGACUGAAAGUGUUCCCAUGGCUAACGAUCGAACUAGUGAAGAUAGUUUCCAGAUGACCCUUUCCUCAAAGAGAUUCAAAUGUGAAGGAACAAAUUUCCUGAAACAUACAUACGAGGAUGUUGGAAGUGGUUUGAAUCACCAUGUGUUAUCAUGGAAUACUCACAAAAAGAAGAGGUCGAGUUUUCUCGGCCAGGGUUCAUUAUCCGAUACGAGAGGGCAUUCUUCAAAUGGAAAAGCAAACUGGAAUUGA